AUGGCAGUUUCAACGACACAAGUCCAAGAACAUCGGGCACUCACGCACCAUAUCAACAACUAUGGCUGGUUCGCCGAUAUGUACGCAUGGGACGACAUCGCAAAUUGCCUCACAGAAGACUGUACCUUUGACUUCAAAGUCACGACAGAUCUCGAAGGCCAGGGUUUCCCCGAUGUACCUCAACUCCGGCACAAUAAAAGGGCGAUCAAACACGGCCAAGGCACUGGCCGCUAUUACGGAGAGGUUCCAACGCACACAACAUAA